AUGUCUGAGGGCCGCCGAAGAUCCUCGAGUCUCGAGCCCCCCGAGCGGAAGGACGUUGCAGAUCCUGGUGCUCAUGAGUUGACCUCCGAUUCUGAUGACCACUUCUCGGACGCUCAAUCCGUCCCUGCCGAGACCCCUACGCCAGCCUCGCCCGUGCCCAAGACCAGAGUUGAGAAGGUGGACGACGAGCCAUCGUACGGCGAAGUCCCCGGGACCGAGGCUUACGAGAAACGCACUGGCGAUGCCGCGCCGGACGAGAUCGCCAUCAUCCCAGAGACCCAGGCUCAAGCACAAGCCGAAUCAGCAGCGUCGACCGACACGCCCACGCCGGGAGGGCAGCCCAUCCCCAAGACCGUCGUCGACGAGACUGCCGACGGCCCGGGCUCCACCACCCACCACUUCCAGGAGGACCUCCGCCAAGCAGACGCCGCCCCAGAUUAUGUUCGGAAGCCAGACGGCACGGGCGAGGCCAACACCAUGCCCGCCUCGCUAGAGACUACUGGAGAAGGAACCGAUGCUGCGCCCAUCUCUCCUGCUCUCAAGUCCCCCAUGAAACACCGGCGAAGAAAGUCCUCGGCUGCCAGGUCGACUGGCGGCUUUGACGAGCAAGGAGCGGAUGACGAUGGCCAAGAUGAUGAUGAUGACUUCGGUGACGAUUUUGACGAUUUCGAGGAAGGCGACGAAGACGCCGACUUUGGCGACUUUGACGAUGGAUUUCAAGAGGCCGAGGCGGACACGGCGGCUCCUCCUCCUGGACCCGUGGCUGCGCCGCCGCCGGCCUCUACACCCUCAUUUCCCAUCUUGGACCUAGACGGUCUCGACUCAGAGGACAUAGUAGCAGCUACGGAACCGUAUCUGGACGCUCUCUACCCACCUGACUUGGCAGAUUUGCCCGUAACCCCAUCUCCCCCCAAGGAGAACCCCAUCUUUUUUAACCCACGAAGCGCGUCCCUAUGGUCGCAACUGGCAGCGCCGCCGCCGCUACAGCCGCCCGACUGGAUACGGUCACGUAUUAGACGAUUAUUCCUAGUAUCACUCGGCGUGCCUGUGGACCUGGACGAGAUCCUGCCUGCCUCCAAGCAGAAGAAGCUCAUCCUACCUUCGUUGCACCGGGUCACCUCGAAUGGAUCUCUACGGACGUCAAUCGACUCUCGCUCGCUUUCACGGGUCAGGAAGACGGAUGCAAACAACUCCAACGUGUCGCUGGAUUCACAGGGCAAGGAGAAGCCUCGAUCGUCGUCCAAGAGGAGGAAGGGCCCGCCGCCGGAACCGGCUCUGGACCUCGUGGCGGCCAAGCAGCUUUGCACGACGACAGACGAGGCCCUGAACGGCAUGACGGACGAGGAGCUCAAAGGGCACAUCAAGAAGCUCGAGGAGCUGGACGGCUUGGCCAAGGAGCUGCUCGAGCACUGGAAGAAGAGGACAGACGAGAAGAUUGGCGACAGGGAGGCAUUCGAGGGGGUUAUAGAAAACCUGGUCAAGCACGCGCGCAAGACGAGGAAAUAG